AUGUCGACCGCAAAACAAUUACAACAGGAAAAGGAGAUAGCUAGUGACGCACUAUCUGAGGAAGUCAGAAGUUAUGUUAACUAUUUUGAUCAGUAUGAAUUUCUUGAUACUCUUAAAUCAGUAAUAAAAACUUCAAAUGAAGGAAAAAGUAAAAAAAAAGAGGACAUUGAACAUUUAAUAAACUAUUCAUGCGGGUUUGCGAAGUGUGUUAACUUGUGGGAUGUAAAGAAUGUCAAAAGCCUUACAGGAAUGGAGCGGCUACGAAGAGACCUAAAAGAAAUGGAUGAAAUGGUUUUGACUUCCAAGUUUAAAAAUAUUCAAACCUUGAAUGAAGAAGAAGACAAACAUGAAAUAGAUUCCUCUGAAAACGAAGAACAAAAACCAAGAAGACGAACACGCGCUUCACCGGAACCACAAGCAGAAGGCGGUAGACAACGGCAAAAUGGAAGAGGAACAAACGCUGAUCCAACGAACCAAAAAGACCAGAUUAACAAGUCAACCGAUUUGUUAACAAGAGGCAAAAAACAACCACAAAACGAAGCAAACGCAGGAUCGAAACGAGGAACACGUGAGGAUAAACAGGAAGUAAGAGAAAAUACAAGGAAAACGGAAACCGACAAAACCAAUUCAAGACAAAGAUUUGUUGAGGAACGCAGAAGGGUCAGCCACGACAAACUGGACAUUGAUUUGUAUAAUGACGACGAUAACGACAGUGAUUCUUCGGUAGAAACUGAAAAACCAUCAAGAAGAAAAAGUGCAAGCCCUGAUGGUCGUGUUUCAAGUGCACGUGGUGACAAAAACGGCCAAAGAGGUAAACAAACAAGCGACGAAGAACAACAAGGGCGAAGGCGUGAGAAACCAAACGGCGCACAGGAAAAAAACAAAUCGUCAGCCAGAGGUGAGGGCACUGUGAACCAAAGAACAAGGCGAAGAAUUAGAGCCGAUGACUUAGAUAUUGGUGGAGCAGACAUAUAA